CACUAAUAGAGUAAUCAGGGUGCUGAUCAGGACUUUGCACUUUGACCUUUGACCGUUCAGAGAAAAGCAAGUAAGGGUUAGUCUUUUUGCAGCAUCGUUCCUUGCAGCAUUUUAAGGCGAACAGCAGCCAUACUGGAGUACACUUUUGCUUGACACCAUGAGAUAGCACCUGACCAUGACCAUGAGUGUACAAACAGAGACCUCCGCCUUCGAGCCCAGCUGUCCCACGUCCUUCAACAUCACCACAUGGGCGCAGCGAAACUGUACCGCCGAGAACGUGCGCAGGAAGUUCCCCAUCACGCUGUGGUUGCCACGGUACCAGUGCAGCUGGGUACAGUCGGACUUCAUCGCGGGACUGACCGUAGCGCUGACGGUUAUACCACAGGGGCUGGCGUAUGCACAUCUUGCCGAGCUACCUCUACAGUAUGGCCUCUAUUCCUCCUUCAUGGGUUGUCUUGUGUACUUUUUCCUGGGGAGUUCCAAAGACAUCACCCUGGGUCCCACAGCCAUCAUGUCCCUUAUGGUGGCCAGCUAUGCUGAAGGAGACACCACCUACGCUGUGGCUCUAACUCUACUCUGUGGUUGUAUACAACUGGGGAUGGGCAUCUUCCAACUAGGUUUCUUGGUGAACUUCAUCUCAUUCCCAGUUAUUAAUGGAUUCACCUCUGCUGCAGCCAUAACCAUAGCCUUUGGACAAGUUAAGCAUGUGCUUGGGUUGCAGAAGAUACCAAGGGACUUCUUCCCAUGUGUCUACUACACUUUCAAAAACUUAGGCAAAACUAAUUUGUGGGACCUGUUGAUGGGAGCAGUGUGUUUUGUGCUGCUGCUCCUCCUGAAGUGGCUGAAGGAUGUGAAAUGGGACAGUCCAGACGAGAUAGGGUACAGCCCCACACGCUGGCAACAGGCAGGCAGGAAGAUUGUGUGGCUCAUAGGAACAGCCAGGAAUGCGGUAGUCGUAGUGAGCGCUGCCCUGGUGGUCGUGGCGCUGAAAAGUCAGGACAUCAACGUGCUGACCCUCACACAGCAGGUACAGCCUGGACUGCCUGCCUUCAAACCUCCCGCCUUCACAGUACAUCAUGGGAACAGCACAGAAACAGCUGGGGACAUAUUACAGGGUCUUGGAGCAGGCCUUGCUGUGGUGCCUUUGAUAGGUUUCUUGGAGUGCAUAGCUAUUGGGAAGGCUUUUGCUCGUCAAAAUAACUACAGGGUUGAUGCCAACCAAGAACUUUUGGCCAUCGGUAUGGGAAACAUCGUCAGCUCCUUUGUUUCUUCUUAUCCAAUCACUGGCAGUUUCUCAAGAACUGCAGUGAACUCCCACAGUGGGGUGAAGACACCAGCUGGGGGACUUGUUACAGCUGCUGUGGUGCUGCUGUCCCUAGGCGUGCUGACCCCGUCCUUCCACUACAUUCCCCAGGCAGCGCUGGCCGCUGUCAUCAUCUCUGCUGUGUUAACCAUGGUGGAUUUCAGGGUGCUGAUCAAGCUGUGGAGGCUACAAAAAAUGGACCUACUUCCUCUCGUCUGUACUUUCUUUGGUACUUUUAUUGGAAUUGAGUGGGGGAUCCUAGCCGGAGUGGGUGUGUCUGUGAUGAUCCUUCUCUUCCCACAGGCUAGACCAGGAAUGCUGGUGGACAACAAGGAUGUGUUGAUAUUCCAGCCUGACAGAGGUCUUCACUACCCUGGUGUGGACUUCAUCAGGACCUUGCUCUAUGAUAGAGCACUCAAAGAGAAGCCAUACAGACCAGUGGUGUUGGACUGUUCUCACAUGGCCAGUAUAGACUACACUACAAUACAGGGUAUUAAAGAAGUGUUGGAAGAGUUCAACAGAAUGCGUGUGCCUCUUUCCUUUGCUGCACUUAAGCCGCACCUACAGGAGGUGCUUACAGCUGCCGACCUGCCAGGUUUCAGGUGCUAUGCAACAGCCAAUGAGGCCGCCAACAAUAUCUAUGAAGAUGGUGACCCAGAAACAAACCCUUACACUCCCCUGCUGAAUGCAGCGCAGCACUGACCUGCUAGGGGGCACUAGUGGGUGGGAUGCCUCCAUGUAAUGUAUGAUAAUCACACAUGAAAAU